AUGUUAACCAGACUAAGCAGUUAUACGAAAGCCUAUUACAAGCUAAAGUCAAAUUUAAAGAAAAACAUAACAAUUGAAUCGUUGAAUAAGUUUGAGAGAUAUUUUCAAAGCCCUUCAAUAGCCGUCCUAUCGUUUAAUUUUGAAGAAUACGCCAAAAACAAAGACAUCGAUUGUGUGAUCCGAAAGCGACAGAUAGUGGGGAUCGGGGUCUGUAUAUUCGGGUGGCUAACUGUCCUCAAGUUCUUUGUGGCCGCGUUUGUCAGAUCAUCGACUCUAUGGCCACUAAUCGGCGACCCUUUCUAUUUGACGGGCGAUAGGAUUCUCUUCAAUCUUGUGAUCGCAUCGAUCGCUUUGAACGCCAGCGCUAUGAGGACUGCAUUUCUUAUAGUCUGUGCGGUUCUCAGACAGGAUUAUAACUAUACCAUCUCUGUAUCCAUCAUAUGGUUUGUGUGGACAUCCCUGGCCGCAUGGGUGGCCGCAUCCAUGCAAGGGUAUUACUUAACUCUACGGUUCAGACAAGUGGGCAAAAGGAUCGUGUAUUCAUUGUCUAAGAAUAAAUACAUUUUAAUGAAUUUAUUGCGAGAACACAAUUCAAUUGUGAAACUGACUGAUGAAUACAAUAAAUUCUUUAACCAUAUCAUUGCCAUCAACUACUUCGCCGCCACAGUUGCCAUUAAUUUCCUGUUAUAUAUCACAUUCUUCGGCAACGGGAAUGUCUUAUUCCGAAUCGGCAAUGGACUCAUCGCUGUCAACAAGACAUUCAUCAUAUGUUUGGCCACAUAUUCUUCGGCACACUUUUCAGAAGAAUUAAUACAAUAUAUGAGUGGUUGUAUUACAUUCUUCUUUCUAUUGGUUGCCAAAAACGUGGCGAAAAUGGAGCCAACGAUGAGUAUAAUGAAUACUCCGCCGACAUUCUUCAGUCCCAUCUCUUGCAGGGAAGCGCUGGCCGACUCCAUAAAGAAGGCAUACUUUCCUUCGCUCUCUUCCACGCUAUCAUACCAUACACUAUUCAUCAAUACCUUAAAGAAUCGAUGUGUGGCUGCGUUUUCGACACAACCGUAUUUGAUAGUUGUUUGGGCGGCCAAUGACUUGGCGCUGUCGAAGGGAAAGGGGGCGUCUUCUACGGUGAGAAAAGCGGCCAAAUUAGCCGUAUAUGAAGACACUAUGAUUAGCGUAAAGAAAGCCCAAACCCCUCCAAUCACUCGUGUGGACAGCGCUCUGUAA